CUGAACAACGAGACGUCCCCGGGGCAGGCGGUGACGGUGGAGCUGUUCCUGACGUUCCAGCUCGUCCUCUGCGUCCUGGCGUCCACCGACGAGCGGCGGGAGGAUCCCGUGGGAUCGCCGGCCCUGUCCAUAGGGCUGAGCGUGGCCGUGGGGCAUCUCCUGGGGAUCCGCUACACCGGCUGCUCCAUGAAUCCCGCCCGCUCCUUCGCCCCCGCCGUCAUCGUUGGGGACUUCAGCGACCACUGGCUCUUCUGGGUGGUUGGGAAGUUCUGA